UUAAAGGAGGCGGAGCGGGCGGCGCCGGACUCGGUGCUGCCGCUGUGGCUGAUGAGCUGCGGGGCGAUGUCUCGCUCCGUCACCCUGCCGGCGCCAGGACCCUGGGGAUUCCGCAUCAGCGGCGGCCGCGACUUCAACAAACCCAUCGCCGUGUCGAAGGUGGUCGCAGGAAGUAAAGCAGAGGUGGCAGAGCUGCAGGCUGGAGAUGUGAUCAGCACCAUCAACGGGGCAGAGACCUCCGCCAUGAUCAACAUGGAGGCACAGAGAGAGAUCAAGCAGUGCAAGGGAGAUCUGGUCCUCUGUAUUGAGAGGCCGGAAUCCAUCGUGCCCAAUGGAUCCCCCACCGACACGUUUGUUGCACAGAGAUUCCAGGCUGCCCUUCACGUGGGAGAGGACAAGAACCAGAACACCUUGGAUAGAUCGAGUCCAAGCAGGAGCCGGGCCUUGUCUCCCACAGCUGAACCCCAGCCUGCAUCCCAGAGCACGGGCUGGAGGUCGAUAUCCCCAGUCUCAAGUACGUGGAAGCAGAGGGAGAGAACUCCAUCUCCAGUGGAGCCCGCACUGAAAGUGAAGGACGUCCCGACAGGUGUUAGAGAGCGCAGCAGCCUCUCCCCCACCUACAGCUCCCACCCCGACCCCAGGCUGAUCCACUCGGCAGACUCCAGCCCCCGAGAGACGAGGGAUCCCACCGACCGAUCACUCUCCCCCAGUCCUGUGUCGGCCAGCAAGGGAACCUCUGAUCAUCGGCCGCUCAAUCGCAUCGACAAGGACUCCGAGGUGUACAAGAUGAUCCAGGAGAACCGGGCAGCCAAGGAGCCUCCGCGCCAGUCUGCCCGCUUCCGGCUGCUGCAGGAGGCCCUGGACACCGACCAGGAAGUGACUGCAGCUCGGUUUCCGGGCAGAUUCUCCCCCUCGGCCCCACAAUUCGCGGCCCCCAAGUAUCACGUGUGUGAGAAGUGUGGCUUCAACAUUCUGACUGAGGCGGUGAAGAUUCGGGAUGGGUGUUACCGUCACCAUGAAUGCUAUGCCUGCACUGACUGUGGCCUUAACCUUGGGAUGAGAGGUCACUUCUGGUUCCGGGACAAGAUGUUCUGUGAGAAGCACGCUCGGGAACGGUACCAAGCUGCAGAGGGAAACUUGUGACCCAACCACCAGGAUCCCCACACGUCUUGACCUCCUAGACCCUUCAACCAGCACCACAUAACUCCUUGUAAGAUAGAGAAUGAUUAAAUAAAGGAAAUGAUUAGCA